AUGGCCAACGGCGGCAACGAUCACGCCGACCGGCUGCACCCCGGCGCCGGCACUGGUGCAGCUACCGGAUCAGCUACUGGAUCGAGUUCUGAGCUCUCUCCACCGUCAACAGCAGGCUUGGCGGGAUCGACACAGGCCGGCGAGCCAUCACCGCGGUCUGUUUUGGACAAUGUUGACGAGAAGAGUGAAAGCACACGACCAGACGACAAGGCGACAUCACGAGAUGCAGCACGAACAUUUAUGCCGUCCGAUGCAGCAAAGAACAAGGACGUGCACACCAGCCACGACAGCCACGACAGCCACGACGACUCGGACGGCUCUUCCGACGGAGACGCAGAGGACACUGGCCGCCGCAACGACCCUGGCGACGCCCACCGAGAGCAUCCCGACGACGACGACGAAGACGACGACGACGACACCCCGCCCAUGGCCAACGAGCCAGGCGCCGGUCUGCAGGCUCUCGAGGUGCAAAUGUCGCAGCAGGCCAACGAGCGGCCCGCCUCGCUGUCGCUCGCCCGCACCGUCUCCCGCGCGCCCACCAUCAUUCCCCGGUCCAAGCGCCGCGGCCUGUUUGGCCAGUUUGCCAUUUUGCCCGAGGUCGAGCGCCCCUACGAGUACCGCAACAAGACCAAGUGGCUCAUCACGCUGAUUGUCGCCCUGACGGCCGCCGGCGGCCCGCUGGGCUCGUCCAUCCUCUACCCGGCCCUCGCCUCGCUCACCGUCGACCUGCACACCUCCCCGACCACGGCCAACCUCAACGUGGCCCUCUACAUGCUGGCCAUGGGCAUCUUCCCGCUGUGGUGGUCGUCCUUUUCCGAGACCCUGGGCCGCCGCACCAUCUACAUCAUAUCGUUUUGCCUGUUUGUCGUCUUCUCCAUCCUCAGCGCCAUCAGCAAGAGCAUCGGCAUGCUCAUUGUCAUGCGCGUCCUCGCCGGCGGUGCCUCGGCCUCUGUCCAGGCCGUCGGCGCCGGCACGCUCGCCGACAUCUGGGAGCCCCGCGAGCGCGGCCGCGCCAUGGGCAUCUUCUACCUGGGCCCGCUGACGGGUCCGCUGUUUGCGCCCAUCAUCGGCGGUGCCCUGGCCGAGAAGUGGGGGUGGGAGAGCACCAUGUGGUUCCUCACAAUCUAUGGUGGCCUGGCCUUUGUGAUGCUCUUCUUCUGUCUGCCCGAGACGCUGGCGCGUGACCGGCGCCCGCCGCGCGAGCUUGAGAAGACGGAGAAGACGGAGAAGCAGGAGAAGAAGAACAAGCCACCACAGACACAAACACAGACACAGGCGGACGUCGAGGGGCAGGCUACAAGCAUGGCGGAGGGCGAGGCCGCCGAGUCGGGGGCGGCCGUGGCCCCGGCUCUCGCCCGCAUGACCACGACCCAGUCGGUGCGGGUGCAGACGCAGCGCGUAGGUUCCUUCCUGAAGGUGGCCUUUGUGCAGCCGCUCUCCGUCCUCCUGUAUCUCCGCUUUCCGCCCAUCCUCUUGACCGUCGUCUACGGCUCCGUGACCUUUGGCUCGCUCUUUGUGCUCAACGUCAGCAUCCAGUCCGCCUUCGCCAAGCCGCCCUACCAGUUCAGCGAGCUCAUUGUCGGCCUGCUCUACAUCCCCAGCAGCCUGGGCUACAUUCUCGCGUCCCUCGUCGGCGGCCGCUGGAUCGACAACAUCAUGGCCCGCGAGGCCCGCAAAGCCGGCCGCUACGACGCGCAGGGCCGCCUCGUCUUCCUGCCCGAGGACCGCAUGCGCGAAAACGCCUGGCUCUCCGCCUCGCUGUUCCCGGCCGCCCUCGUCUGGUUCGGCUGGACCGCCCAGCACGGCGUCUACUGGAUCGUCCCCUCGAUUGCCAACUUUGUCUUUGGCUUCGGCAGCAUGCUCGUCUUUGGCGCCGUCACCACCAUGCUGACCGAGUUUAUGCCGCGCCGCAGCUCCGGCGGCAUCGCCCUCAACAACUUCUUGCGCAACAUCUUCUCGUGCGUCGGCGCCAUUGUCGCCCAGCCGCUCAUCGGCGCCAUGGGCUACGGCUGGCUCUGCACCAUGAUUGCCCUGCUGGCCUGGAUCGUUGGCAACGCCUGCAUCUUUUUGCUGCGCCGCAACGGCUCCAAGUGGCGCAAGAGCAUGGACGAGCAGCUCAACAAAUCCCAGCCGUCCGCGCCCGCCUCCGUCUCGACCCGCCGCCGGAACUCUUCAUUGUACAACACCACCGCCAGCGGCACCGCCGAGCUCGGCUCCACAACAAUCUUGAGCCGCUCCAGCAGCAGCCGCAGCGCCGCCCGGAUUUGGUCCUCGCCCACCGCGUACACGCCGUGCACCCCCUGGCCCUGGCUCUCGGGCGUGUCGCCCGUCAGCACGGCCCAGUUGUGCACGCCCACCGGCGUCCGCAGGCCGUCGGCAAUCGUCAGCGACUGGACGGUCUCGAUCCGCUUCCCCUGCGCCAAUCCCCGCGCACAGUCGUCCGCGCCGUCCAGCGACGGCUCCGCGCCAAACACCCGGAUGCCCGUGCCCUGGGCCGACAGCACUGUGCCCGCCAGCAGGCCGCCGCCGCCGCAUGGGGUCAUGAUGGCGUCCAGGCCGCCGCCGGGGGCGGUGGUUCGUUGCGGGGCCGUGGCGGACGCGUACAGCAGGGCCGUGGGCCCUGCGCCCGAGCCCACGGCCGCGGUCUGCGCUUUCGCCGCCGCCACCUGCUCCUGCAGCUCCAGCCCGGCCGUGCCCUGUCCCAGGAUAAUGUCCGGGUGGUCGUACGGCGGCACCAGCCGCGCGCCCGUCGCGGCCAUCACCUCCGCCGCCACGGCCUCGCGCUCGGCGGCCGUGGACCCGCUAAACACGACACGGGCCCCGUACCCCCGCGUGGCCGCCACCUUGGGCGCGGCCGAGAUCGCGGGCAUCACAAUGUGUGCCGGCAGCCCCGCCGUGCGCGCCGCCAGCGCCAGCGCCUGGGCGUGGUUGCCCGAGCUGUGCGUCGCCACGCCCUUGGCGAACCCGCCGCCCGCCUCCCACCCGGGCUCCCGCUUGAGCCGCUCGACCGCAUGGAACGCGCCGCGGGCCUUGAAGGCGCCGACGCGCUGCAUGUUCUCGCACUUGAACCAGAUGCGCAGCGUUGGGCGGGCCGGCGUCGCGCCCUCCCACGGCGUGCCCUGCAGCUCCUCGGCGGUGCGCGGCGUCGACACGAUGCCGUCAAUCGUGCGGUUGGUCAAGACGGGCGUGCGGUGGACAAAGGGACGGAUGAGGUUGUGGGCCUCGACGACGGACGCGCGCGUCAGUGGCGGGCAAGUACUCAGGUCAGCCAUGGCGGACGAGGAGGGGGGGAUGGAGGAUAUCGUGGAGAUCGAGCGGAUCGUGAAGCUCGUGGCGCGGCGAGGACUCGGUCUCUUUUCUCUCGAGUGA